GGCUCAGGUGUAAGAGGAGUGCAUCCCGUCGGCGCGCGGGGCUAGAGCUCUAGGAGAAGUGGGAUCGCGAGGCCGGUGCGCGGCGCUCUGCACGGUCAAAGGGAGCGCGGGGCGGCAGCGGCGGCAGCAGAGGAGCAGCAGCAGCCCCCGGCGCGGCCGCCGCCUCCGCGCAGCCAGCACCCGCGGCUGCAGCCUCCGAAGGGAGGCCGGGGGAGCCGGCGUGCGCACUUUCCCGCAGACUUUCGGAGUGUUUGUGGAUUUACAUGCCAAGCCAUCAAGAUGAUGUCUAUGAACAGCAAGCAGCCUCACUUUGCCAUGCAUCCCACCCUCCCUGAGCACAAGUACCCGUCGCUGCACUCCAGCUCUGAGGCCAUCCGGCGGGCCUGCCUGCCCACGCCGCCGCUGCAGAGCAACCUCUUCGCCAGCCUAGACGAAACGCUGCUGGCGCGGGCAGAGGCGCUGGCGGCUGUGGACAUCGCCGUGUCCCAGGGCAAGAGCCACCCAUUCAAGCCAGACGCCACGUACCACACGAUGAACAGCGUGCCAUGCACGUCCACGUCCACCGUGCCGCUGGCGCACCACCACCACCACCACCAUCACCACCAGGCGCUCGAGCCUGGCGACCUGCUGGACCACAUUUCGUCGCCCUCGCUCGCGCUCAUGGCCGGCGCGGGUGGCGCGGGCGCGGCGGGCGGCGGCGGCGGCGCCCACGACGGCCCGGGGGGCGGCGGCGGCCCGGGGGGCGGCGGCGGCCCGGGCGGCGGCGGCCCCGGGGGCGGCGGCGGCGGCGGUGGCCCGGGGGGCGGCGGCGGCGGCCCGGGCGGCGGGCUGCUAGGCGGCUCGGCGCACCCGCAUCCGCACAUGCACGGCCUGGGCCACCUGUCGCACCCGGCGGCGGCGGCCGCCAUGAACAUGCCGUCGGGUCUGCCGCACCCCGGGCUGGUGGCGGCGGCGGCGCACCACGGCGCGGCGGCUGCGGCGGCUGCGGCGGCGGCGGGGCAGGUGGCGGCGGCCUCAGCGGCUGCGGCCGUGGUGGGCGCGGCGGGCCUGGCGUCCAUCUGCGACUCGGACACGGACCCGCGCGAGCUCGAGGCAUUCGCCGAGCGUUUCAAGCAGAGGCGCAUCAAGCUGGGCGUGACGCAGGCCGACGUGGGCUCGGCGCUGGCCAACCUCAAGAUCCCGGGCGUGGGCUCGCUCAGCCAGAGCACCAUCUGCAGGUUCGAGUCGCUCACGCUCUCGCACAACAACAUGAUCGCGCUCAAGCCCAUCCUGCAGGCGUGGCUCGAGGAGGCCGAGGGCGCGCAGCGCGAGAAAAUGAACAAGCCCGAGCUCUUCAACGGCGGCGAGAAGAAGCGCAAGCGGACUUCCAUCGCAGCGCCGGAGAAGCGCUCCCUCGAGGCCUACUUCGCCGUACAACCCCGGCCCUCCUCCGAGAAGAUCGCCGCCAUCGCCGAGAAACUGGACCUCAAAAAGAACGUGGUGCGGGUGUGGUUUUGCAACCAGAGACAGAAGCAGAAGCGGAUGAAAUUCUCCGCCACUUACUGAUGGGGAGUGGGAGGUGCAGGGCGGGGCAGAGCGGGGAGCUGAAGGGGCUUUUCGGGGCCUUUCCCCGAGCCUGUUUUCCUCUAGAUUUGGAGUGUCCGUUAUCUUGCUUGCAUUUGGGGAGUCCCUCCUA